UUGAUCUGGUGAUAAGAGAUGACGGGGGUGGGUUAUAUGAUCGAGGAAAGGCGAAUCUGAUCCCACUAUGCAAUGAACCCUGAACCCUUUUUAUUUGUAUUUAAAGGUGUUGCUUAUUUAUGCUCCGGUGUUUAUAGCUAUCCUAUGUAAAGAUUUCUUCUCUCUCAUACCUUUAUUGCAUAUAAGUUGUUCUUGAUCUUUUAUUGUUUGUUGUUGGUCCUUGAUUUAACCUGGUUAAGAGUAAGUUGCACUUUGACUCGCUCCCAGCAAGUUAUCAGUGUGGUCUCGCGUCGCCCCUCUCCUCUUCAAGAAAACUGUGUCCUCCCCUCUGCUACUUGUUGGUGGUUCAGGUACAAGCCAUUGAUGCUCCUUGGUGGUGCUUGGAUCUGGGAGUGGAGAGAAGGAAGUGGCGCACGCUUGGCUGCCCCACCCGACCAUCGCCCCUCCUUGCUCGAGAUUGAGGUUGCCCUCCUCUGCUGCCGAGUCCGGCGAGGGCGUCGUCAAUCUCUCCCCAGCCUGGAUGUGAAGGCCACUACCAGUUUUGAAGCUGGUUGAGGUGAGCUUCCUCUGCUGCCGUGUCCAGCGAGGGCGCCGUCGAUCUCUCCCCAACCUGGAUGUGGAGGCCACUACCAGUUUUGAAGCUGGUUGAGGGGCACCUGGCACUAUCUACUUUCUAAGCUCUGAUGGCCAUUGUAGAUGGGGAAAUAAAAUGAGGCUAUACAGGAAGCAGCUCACAAAUUUGAGGCAUCUCAUCACUACAAGGAUGACCUUUGCCACACAAAGAAUGGCAAGACCCUUAUAUCUCGGCCAGUUUUGCCAAAUAAUGGAUAUAUUACAUGGACCUAACAUAGCCAAUGCCACCCAAGCAGCAAGUAAGUCGAUGGCCUGGCAAUGGGCAGAUACAGGUUGGGCUCUGACAAUCGGCGGUGGUCGCGUGCGGUGGGCAUUUCAGGAGUUUUGGUGUGGAUUAUACAUAGUUAAAUCUGAGUGCAUAUAUUAUUUCGAGGAAGCGGAUGCUAUCAAGAUCAUGCCAAAGGCAAAGCAUGCCAAAGGGCGAUGCUCAUUCCCGUUCUUAGUGAGAUGGGUUUACUCGAUGCAAAGUAUGAGCAUUGUAGACUAGCGAGCUGCUGAAGGUCGACGAGGAGGGCGCCACCACCACCGUCAUCCUGGUCCACAUCCACGCGCUGCUUGGUGUCACUAGGUCACCGGCACAAUCCUCACGCCCAGAUCGUUCAACAUUUUCUUCCGCUUUUGGUGCGUCACAUUUAGAGUCUUUCUUUCCCAUUUUACCGUGUUUGCAUGAUAAGAUGUUUGGUUGGAUUUGAAGGUUCGUAGCCUUGGCUCCAAAGCUUCAAGCUCUUAUAGAAAUUAGAACUGAGGGCCUUUUAAAUUUAGUCUUGCAUAAUAGUGUUUUUCAGUUGGAUGCAGAAUUUUUGUUUGUAUGAUCGACUAUCCUUGGUGCUGAUUUACGUACUGAGUUCAUCAUCAUAUGACUAUAACAAAGAAGUUGUGUGUAUAAAUAUUACUAACUGCUGAUACUUUGCGUCAGUGAUUUCAA